CACCUUCCACCAUGGACAGCUUCGACUUAGCUCUGCUCCAGGAAUGGGACCUCGAGUCGCUGUGGGGCGAAGACAUCUUAAACCAGAGGAAUGACUCAGUAGUUGUGGAAUUUCAGUCUUCAGCCAGCAGAUGCAGGAGUGUCUAUGAACCAGAUAGAAAUGCAUUACGGAGGAAAGAACGGGAAAGAAGAAAUCAGGAAACGCAGCAGGAUGAUGGCACGUUUAAUUCCAGCUACUCUCUCUUCAGUGAGCCUUACAAGACUAACAAGGGGGAUGAGCUCUCCAAUCGGAUCCAGAAUACUUUAGGCAAUUAUGAUGAAAUGAAAGACUUUUUAACUGAUAGAUCCAAUCAGAGUCAUCUCGUUGGCGUUCCCAAACCUGGAGUUCCUCAGACUCCUGUGAACAAGAUCGAUGAACAUUUUGUUGCAGAUUCAAGAGCCCAGACCCAGCCCUCGUCUAUCUGUAGCACUGCAUCUUCCACACCAGCAGCUGUCCCCGUGCAGCAGAGCAAGAGAGGCACCAUGGGCUGGCAGAAGGCUGGGCACCCUCCAUCCGAUGGCCAACAGAGAGCAACACAACAGGGAUCUCUCAGGACCUUGCUUGGAGAUGGCAGACAGCAGCCCCGGGCCAAACAAGUGUGCAAUGUGGAGGUGGGUCUUCAGACCCAGGAAAGGCCACCUGCCAUGGCAGCUAAGCACAGCAGUGGUGGACACUGUGUUCAGAACUUUCCUCCAUCCUUGGCUUCAAAACCCAGCCUGGUCCAGCAGAAACCAACCGCAUAUGUGCGGCCCAUGGACGGUCAAGACCAGGCUCCUGAUGAAUCUCCUAAGCUUAAGUCGUCUACGGAAACCAGUGUGCACUGCACAUCAUACAGGGGCGUCCCCGCCAGCAAGCCAGAGUCGGCCAGAGCCAAAGCCAAGCUUUCCAAGUUCAGCAUCCCCAAGCAAGGAGAGGAGAAUAGAUCUGGAGAAAGCAACAGCUGUGUUGAAGAAAUAAUUCGGGAGAUGACCUGGCUUCCACCACUUUCUGCUGUUCAAGCACCUGGCAAAGUGGAACCAAGCAAAUUUCCGUUUCCAAACAAGGACUCUCAGCUUGUAUCCUCUGGACACAAUAAUCCAAAGAAAGGUGAUGCGGAGCCAGAGAGUCCAGACAAUGGCACAUCGAAUACAUCAAUGCUAGAAGAUGACCUUAAGCUAAGUAGUGAUGAAGAAGAGAAUGAACAGCAGGCAGCCCAGAGAACUGCUCUCCGCGCUCUCUCUGACAGCACGGUGGUCCAGCAGCCCAAUUGCAGAGCCUCGGUGCCUUCCAGCAAGGGCAGCAGCAGCGGCAGCAGCAGCGGCAGCAGCAGCUCCUCCAGUGACUCAGAGAGCAGCUCAGGAUCCGACUCGGAGACGGAGAGCAGUUCCAGCGAGAGUGAGGGCGGCAAGGCCCCCCACUACUCCAGCCCCGAGGCUGAACCGGCAUCCUCUAACAAGUGGCAGCUGGAUAAAUGGCUGAACAAAGUUAAUCCCCACAAGCCUCCUAUUCUGAUCCAAAAUGAAAGCCACGGGCCAGAGAGCAAUCAAUACUACACCCCUGUGAAAGACGAGGUGCAGGACUGUGGGAAACUUCCCGACGUUUGCCAAACCAGCCUGAGAGAGAAGGAAAUCAAGAGCACCUGCAAGGAGGAGCAGAGGCCGAGGACAGCGAACAAGGCCCCUGGGAGUAAAGGUGUGAAGCAGAAGUCCCCGCCGGCGGCCGUGGCCGUGACCGCAGCAGCAGCUGCGCCGCCCGCGGUGCCCGGCGCGCCCGUGGAGAGCGCGCCCGCGCCUGCCCGGAGGUCGACGGGCAAGAAGCCCACCAGGCGCACCGAGAGGACCUCGGCCGGGGACAGUGCCAACUGCCACCGGCCCGAGGAGCCCGCGGCCGCGGACGCGCUGGGAGCCAGCGUAGUGGUCCCCCCAGAGCCCACCAAAACCAGGCCCUGCGGCAACAGCAGAGCGAGCCACCGCAAGGAGCUGCGCUCCUCCGUGACUUGUGAGAAGCGCCGCACGCGGGGACUGAGCAGGAUCGUCCCCAAAUCCAAGGAGUUCAUUGAGACAGAGUCAUCAUCUUCGUCUUCCUCCUCGGACUCCGACCUGGAGUCCGAGCAGGAAGAGUACCCUUUGUCCAAAGCACAGACCGUGGCCACCUCCUCCUCCUCCGGGAGUGACCAGAGGCUGAAGGAGGCUGCCAACAGCGUCAGCAGUGGCGGCGGCCCCCGGGCCCCCGUAGGUUCCAUCAACGCCAGGACCACCACUGACAUUGCCAAGGAGCUGGAAGAGCAGUUCUACACGCUGGUCCCCUUUGGCCGGAACGAACUUCUCUCCCCUCUGAAGGACAGUGAUGAGGUCAGGUCUCUCUGGGUCAAAAUUGACCUGACCCUCCUGUCCAGGAUCCCAGAACAUCUGCCCCAGGAGCCGGGGGUCUUGAGCGCUCCUGCAGCCAAGGACGCUGAGAGCGCACCGCCCAGCCACGCCUCAGACACGCCCCCCGAAAAGGCUUUGCCCAAAUCCAAGAGGAAACGCAAGUGUGACAACGAAGACGACUACAGGGAGAUCAAGAAGGCCCAGGGAGAAAAAGAGAGCUCUUCGCGCCUGGCCACCUCCACCAAUAAUUCUUUGUCUGCAAACCACUGUAACAUGAGCAUCAACAGUGUGGCAAUACCAAUAAAUAAAAAUGAAAAAAUGCUCCGGUCGCCCGUCUCACCCCUCUCCGAUGCCUCUAAACACAAAUACUCCAGCGAUGAACUAACUUCUUCCAGCCGACCUAAUGGCAACAGCUUGUUCACUUCCACUUCUUCUAACAAAAAGCAUAAGGCCGACAACCAGCUGCAGUCUCAUGCCGGAGACCUCACGAAAGCAGCUCACAAUUCCGAAAACGUUCCCCUCCACAAGUCGCGGCCACAGACAGAGCCGUGGUCUCCAGGCUCCAACGGCCACAGGGACUGCAAGAGGCAGAAACUUGUCUUUGAUGACAUGCCUCGCAGUGCAGAUUAUUUUAUGCAAGAAGCUAAACGAAUGAAGCAUAAAGCAGAUGCAAUGGUGGAAAAGUUUGGAAAGGCUUUGAACUACGCGGAAGCAGCUUUGUCAUUCAUUGAGUGUGGAAAUGCAAUGGAACAAGGCCCCAUGGAAUCCAAAUCUCCUUAUAUGAUGUAUUCGGAAACAGUAGAACUCAUCAGGUAUGCUAUGAGACUAAAAACCCACUCAGGCCCCAACGCUACACCGGAGGAUAAACAACUGGCUGCAUUAUGUUACCGAUGCCUGGCUCUCCUGUACUGGCGGAUGUUUCGACUCAAAAGGGACCACGCUGUGAAGUAUUCAAAAGCACUUAUCGACUAUUUCAAGAAUUCAUCUAAAGCCGCCCAAGCCCCAUCUCCGUGGGGGGCCAGUGGAAAGAGCACUGGAACCCCAUCCCCCAUGUCUCCCAACCCCUCUCCCGCCAGCUCCGUGGGGUCUCAGGGCAGCCUCUCCAGCACCAACGCCCUGUCCCCGUCGACCAUCGUCAGCAUCCCGCAGCGCAUCCACCAGAUGGCGGCCAACCACGUGAGCAUCACCAACAGCAUCCUCCACAGCUACGACUACUGGGAGAUGGCCGACAACCUGGCCAAGGAAAACCGAGAAUUCUUCAACGACCUGGAUCUGCUCAUGGGGCCUGUCACCCUGCACAGCAGCAUGGAGCACCUGGUCCAGUACUCCCAGCAGGGCCUGCACUGGCUGCGGAACAGCACCCACCUGUCAUAGGGACCUCGCCCUUGAGCCGGCCUGUGCUCUCAUCUCCA